AUGGCGAAAAGGAAACGUGAAACAGCAGGAAAAGGACAGAAUAAUAAGAGGACCGCUCGUGGGAAAGCCAAGAAUAAAGCAUCGAAAAUGGAAGCAUACGAAGAGUUGCUCGUAUGGGCAAAGGACAAGGGCAUCAUCCUCAACGGUGUUGAGCCCCGAAGGAUACUAGGCCGAGGAAUGGGAAUCGAAAACCAAACCAUCCUGACAAUUCCCUCCAACACUCUUCGGACAUAUGAGACCGUCCACCCUUCCAUAGCCUGUGCACUUCCGGACAUCUCCAUCCAUGGCCUCCUAGCCGCCGACCUUGCCUUUGACCCAUCUCCCUCCGUCAAAUACCAACAAUGGAACGCCGUAUGUCCUACGCGCGAGGAUGUCUGGGACUCUCUGCCUUUAGCAUGGGAUUGCCGGCUGCGAGAGUUCUUGCCUAAGAAGGCACUGGAGUUGCUUCUGAAGCAAGAGGCCAAGUUUGAGAAGGAUUGGUCCAUGGUUCAACAGUCUAAACUUCUCUCUCCAAAGUCCGGUGAGAAAGAGGACGAGAGCUCGGAAGAGGAGGAAGGUCAAAAACUGAACAAGACCAUAACAAGAGACGACUACCUCUACGCCUGGCUUCUCGUCAACACCCGUACCUUCUACCACGAAACACCCAAGACGAAAAAGUUCAAAAAGGAGGACAAAAUGGUACUACAACCAGUCGCAGACCUGUUCAACCACACCUCCUACGAUCCAUCCGCCGAAGAGAAGGAAGGUGGCAACAAGAAAACUUGCUCAGUCGCCUUCUCCCCCACCGCUUUCACCAUCACCACCACCCGCCCCUACUCCGCCGGCGAAGAAGUCUACAUCUGCUACGGCAACCACUCCAACGACUUUCUUCUCAUCGAGUACGGAUUCCUCUUUGACGAAAACGUCUGGGACGAAGUCUGCAUAGAUGAUGCUAUCCUCCCUUUACUCGAGAAGUUCCAACUACCACCCUUGACCACCCAACCACCAAAGAAACCAGCCCGACGCUUAAACGAACGAGGCAAAAAAGAUCCCAAGUCACAAAGCACUGAAAAACAACCACCAAAGUUCCCCAAAGACCUCCUAGAAGAAACCGGUUUUCUGGGGAACUACAACCUCGACCCCCGCAACCCCACAGGCUGCUACCGCACCCAGGUUGCUCUUCGCGCCAUCUCCGCCCUUUCUUCGUCUACAGUUGUCCCUCCUCCUCCUCACCCCACAGUUGUCCCUCCUCCUCCUCACCCUCCUCCUCCUCCUCCUCCUCCUUAA